UGUGCAUCACGUUUGCAUCCUGCUUGGGCCCAGGGUCUUGGUUGUCACUGCCUCAGCUCAAGCUGAUUGCAGCAAGCCUAUGUUCACUAAUUAGGUAAACAUGACAGCCACUUUGCAGUCAGCAUGAUCUUUGUCUCCACGCUCAUCUCCACUGAGUUGCAUUAGGACAAUUCUCAUCUGUGUCAGUUACAAGGAAGGGAUAUGGGAUGCAGGGAGGAGGAAGGGAAAAAUGCUUACCAGACAACCUUUAUGUGCAGUUGUGCAUUAGUGGGGGGAGGAGGAGCAGAAGUGGGAGAGGGCGGCUGGCGGUGCUGGGCAGAGGAGAGAGGAGCAAAUGCAUUGCAGAGGGAGAGGAGGAGGAGGGCCUACAGCUAUUGUUCAUGUCCUCCCGUGAACAAAGGGCUCAUCGGGGUCCAUAUGUAAACCCACAGCAGGCUUCAGCCCACUGACAAGGCCUCAUGCGGGACAAAACAUAACCGACAGACUCCCGCAAUUUAGGCCUUAUUCCGUUUGGAGGAGAUUUUUUUAUUGAUCCAAUUCAAAGGGACGUAUUGUGUGGGUACGUUGCGUCCAGCCAACCGCCGUCCAGCGGGCCUAUCCGUUUUUACGCACGGAGCGUACACACGGUCUAUCAGCACGGAUCUGUAAACAUCAAUUUUCUGAUAGGACUUCUUUGCAGGCUGUUCCUCCAAGUCGUUCAAGCUGUACUCCCCCAAGGAGCCCCCCAACGGUAGCACUUUCCCCCCUUUCCACCCCGGCACCAUGCUGGACAGAGACGUGGGCCCCACUCCAAUGUACCCUCCCACAUACCUGGAGCCAGGAAUAGGGAGGCACACACCAUAUGGCAACCAGACAGACUACAGAAUAUAUGAGCUCAACAAACGACUACAGAACUGGACAGAGGAGUGUGACAACCUGUGGUGGGAUGCAUUUACUACAGAGUUCUUUGAGGACGAUGCCAUGCUGACCAUUACUUUCUGUCUGGAAGAUGGACCCAAACGUUACACAAUUGGCCGGACGUUAAUCCCGAGGUACUUCCGGAGUAUAUUUGAGGGCGGUGCCACUGAGCUCUACUAUGUACUGAAACAUCCCAAGGAGUCCUUCCACAAUAACUUUGUCUCCCUCGACUGUGAUCAGUGCACUAUGGUCACACAGAAUGGAAAACCCAUGUUCACACAGGUGUGUGUAGAAGGGCGCUUGUACCUGGAGUUCAUGUUUGACGACAUGAUGAGGAUAAAGACGUGGCACUUCAGUAUCCGACAACACCGUGAACUCAUUCCUCGUAGUAUACUGGCCAUGCAUGCCCAAGACUCUCAGAUGCUGGACCAGCUGUCCAAAAACAUAACAAGAUGUGGCCUGUCGAACUCCACCCUCAACUACCUCCGACUGUGUGUGAUUUUGGAGCCCAUGCAGGAGCUGAUGUCCAGACACAAGACCUACAGCCUCAGCCCCAGAGACUGCCUCAAGACCUGUCUGUUCCAGAAAUGGCAGAGGAUGGUGGCACCACCUGCUGAGCCAUCAAGACAAGCCCCUAACAAACGGCGGAAGCGUAGGAUGUCAGGCGGCAGCACCAUCAGUGGAGGAGGAGGAACUAACAAUAACAACAACAACAAAAAGAAGAGUCCUGGUAGUGGCUUCCCACUGUCCAGCCAAGUUCCGGAUGUGAUGGUGGUGGGAGAGCCCACUCUGAUGGGAGGGGAGUUCGGCGACGAGGAUGAGCGUCUGAUCACACGGCUGGAGAACACACAGUUCGACGCUGCCAAUGGCAUAGAUGACGAGGACAGCUUCAACAACUCUCCGGCGCUGGGCUCCAACUCGCCUUGGAACAACAAGGCUCCUUCCAGCCAGGAGAGCAAGAGCGACAACCCCACCUCACAGGCAUCACAGUAGAGCCCAGAGCCCCGCAUCCUCAACCUAACCCCUCCCUGUCACUCCUAGGCCCCCACCCCACCUCAAUAGCCAUGACUGCAACAGUAACAGUCCAUCAUCUGCUCUCCAAUCCAAACACCACUGUAGCGCUCAGAUUCAAGCACAGGUAGCCCGAGGGGGCUCGGACUGUUUUGCCGAGCUGGAGGAAGUUUCACAACUUCGAUUAUUGCGGUGACUUCCUGAUAAUUAGGCACUGUGUCCCACCUCUCGCUCCCUUUUCGUCAUUUCAUAGACAAAAAGUCCCAUCUGCUCUUGCCAAUUUUCAGUUUUGGAUGGCAACCGGGUAGCACGAGUGAUGAUUUAGUCCAGGGGAGAACUGUGCACGCUAAAGUAUCCAUACUGAAGUUCACAUGUAGGAACAGGUGGGGUGGAGAGGAAGGUGGCAGUCGGGCUUCAAGAUGGUGGCGAGUCGCUUAGGGACGACUCAUCCACUCCUACGCUAAACAUGCCUCUGGAUUCUGGUCUGCUCUGCUGAUGUGCGGGUCGCCCAUAACGUUUGUUAAUAGAGUGUGUGUGUGUGUGGGUGUGCGCUUGCAUGCGUGCGAGUGUGUGUUUGUGAAAGUUUUGAGAAGAGAAAAGCAGCAGCGUGAGUUUAAUGGUGGCUUUGCUGAAGCAGAUGGACCAGGAUUUAGAAUCGGUAUGUAAAACCAUUUGAAAUGAACACACUAAUAAGAGAGGUGAAAUGUGGCACUAGGGAAACAUCAAACACACAGACGCGUGCGCGCACACACACAACCACACAUAAUGAUCGAAGGAUUUUGAGUCCCCCUAGUGCCCAAAUAUCUCUGAUUAGACUACAGUGAAUGCAGUCUUUCAAACAGAACAUUGACAACACACACACAUGCACAGUCUUACACACACACACACACACACAGUUACACAUUUUAAGAGUUUUUAUACAGUAUAU